GCAACAGACACAGAGAGUGCACGAGUUUCAGCGCACGUUGAAUUCCUCAUUAGAACACGAAGACAGCAACGAAACUGAUAAAUGGGAAUUUUAUGAAGAUGAUGAAAAUUCGAUGUUGGACAAGAUUUAACUCUGCUUUUGACGCCAUCUAAUUACCCACCUAAAUUAUUUAAUAAACAAAAUGGAACAACCUGAAAUAAACAAGAUAAAAUAUACUUUGCCACAUAAAUCUAUUCGUUCUACAAAACCACCCGUUGAUGUUAGAGUUCCGCUUGACGCAUAUUGGAAAUAUACUCAGAGAAACAAUCAAGAUGUCAAUGAUAAAAACAGCAGACGAAGUCAUCCGAAUUCUAUGACAGAACCAACGGCGAGCUACUAUUCCUCCACAAAUUCUUACAAGACUCCUAAAUCUCAUCAUCUGUAUCCGAUUCAUCCGAAAUAUUUGUCAGCUCUUCACACGAAAACGCUACAGCAAUAUCAAGAAGCUACUAUGAAAACUGGUAGAAGUAAAGAUUACAGCGUUACAAACAAAGAUCGGUGUAAAACCGAACAGGAGGAGGAUAACAACGUAGGAUAUACGGACGAAGAACUAGGAAAUUUCACAGAAGAUAAUUUAGAAAAUGAUGUCGAAGAGAGGGAAGCAGAAAACAAUCGAGAUAGGAUAAGCGAGUGUCUCGAUAAGGAGUAUGAUGAACAGGAAGUGGACGACGAGAUAGACGAAGAGUCCGAUGCACCUGCCGAAACACACAUGAUGCAAGAACAAAGUGCAGCCAAAAAAGACGCAUUGCUACGAGCGCAGCAACGAUUGCGUGCGAUUAACCAGCAAGAUCCGCACAGAAUUCGUUAUUCUCAACACUCACCACAACUGUAUCAAGCUCGUCCUCUAGCGACAAGAUACUACAGCAAUAUACCUGAUCAUGACAUCUACGAAGUAUUGUCGGACGAAGAUCUGUACACAGUUCAGGCAUCGAAAAAUCCUCCACGCAGAUCGUCAACGCGCUAUCCUCAAAAUUGGAUUCCGCAGAGAAGUUCGAACGAUCGAUACAACACAACAAUCUCGCCGACCCAGCUGAAUCGUCGACCGCGACCAAGACCGGAAAUCAAGUCCUUCAUCGAAGCAGAAUUUGUCGACAGAAGAAAGUGCAGCCGUUGCGGUAAUAUCUCAAUUAGGAAAUUGCCACCUUUGCAAACGAACAAAUACAAAUUUCAGGACAGUCCCAUUUUUCCGGCUAAAGAAUAUUUCGGAAACGACGCCGAGAUUCUUGACCAACCGUUGUGCGGAUAUUGCAAGCCAAAACAUCACGUUGUAGAAAACACGAGACAUUUGACAUGCGAGAUUCCGUCAUCGGUUCCGCACUCGAUGAAAUUGCGACGUUCCAGGGAUGCUACUAAUACACCAAUACGUGAAACAUUAGAGGGAAAACACGCAAUGAACGAAUUAUCGCAUGAAUACGCGCGAAUUCCAUCGAAAUGUACCAAAGAUACUCUAAAUAGUUCACGUGACAGGAUCAGACACUCAACCAGAACGUCCGCUCGUUAUGAUCUUUAAAUAUUUUUUUUCAAAUUUUAUAAGUUUGCGUGGAAAAUGAUAAAAACAAGUCGGUGUCUUACAGACACAUUACAUUGUUCUUCUCGACAAAAUCUUUAUUUUCUAUAAAAUGUAAGAAAAUAACGACUUUCAGAAAUUAACUCUUUGAAUAAUGUUUAGAAGUAACCUGUGUAUGUUAAAUAAUAUCUAUAUAUAUACAUAUAAUGUCUCAUCGUUAAUUGAAGAGAAUGUAAGUAUAGCUUACUGCGUUUUUUUACGAGAGACAAAAUACAAGCAAAGGAAACUUCUAAAAUAUUAACACUGCAUCUUUACAAGACUCGAUCUUUUAUUAAAUUGUAGUGAUAUAUUCUAAAAGACACAGAUACACGCACACAAACACACAAAGCCCUUGAAGAAAGAUCUAAAGAAACAAAGAUAUUGCAAAAAACAAAUUAUACAAUAGAUAGAAGAUGUCAUUGCACCUUGCUACAAUCACACAGAUGCGAUCUACACUAAUAUAUUUCUAUCUCUACAUUAUGCAAUUUUCUUUUCACCAGUUGUGCAAUAUAUAUUUUUGUAACUGUCUUUCGAAUCGUGUAGAUGUACUUUGUGUGUAACGUGAUAAGAAAAUUAUGCCAUAAAAUCAAAAAACAUUUAGUUUCACACUGUACAUACAAGUCAAAACAAUCAACCGUUAAAAAAAAAAAACCGAUACAGAAGCGAUUUAACAUUUCCUCUUUUCCACAUGUAAUUCUCUAAAGAGAUAUAAAAAUGAACAUCACUUUUACAUCUUUUGGCACUGGAGCUCCAAAUCUCUCAAUUGUAAAUACGUGAUAUUAUUAUAUAAUUUAAUUAUAAAAACUAUAGACGUACGUGUACAUGUUAAACGGAGAAUAAAGCUCUUAAUCUGUACAUUGAAUAUAAAUGGUCUCUGUUGGAGUUCUUAAAUUCAACAUCCGUACCUAAAUCAAUGCCCGUA